UCUAUUUAAAGCUGGAGGUGGAGGAGUUGUAUAAUGCUGGUUCAGUGAUUACUUUAGUAGGUGAGCUUAUCACUCCAGUUCUCUCGCUUCAGCUUUCUGCGAGUUCCCACCGCAGAAUGGCUUCAAAAACUGUGCUCCUGGUGUUGGGUCUUCUUCUUCCUCUGAUCACUACCCGGGUUUCAUCUGCUGACAAUGAGGAGAAACUCAUUUUGAAGGCCCUAUAUGCCAAGAUCCCAACACCGGCUCCGGUGAAGGCGCCAGCUCCGGCUACAGUUCCUGUGAAGGCACCUCCUACCCCUGCCCCGGUCACUAAGACCCCACCUCCUCUGCCACCGGUCACUAAGCCUCCCCUACUCUGCCUCCCGUCCCUAAGCCCGCUGCCACCUCCGCUCCCCUCCUGUCGCUAAGCCACCGCCUACUGUGCCACCGGUCACACCUCCUGCAUCUCCGCCACUGCCACCGGUCAGGUCAAAAGCAGAUUGUAUCCCUCUGUGCGACCAGAGAUGCAAGUUGCACUCAAGGAAGAAUGUGUGCACGAGGGCUUGCAUGACGUGCUGCGACCGGUGCAAAUGUGUGCCGCCAGGGACUUAUGGAAACCGAGAGCGGUGUGGCAAAGUGCUACACCGACAUGACCACUCACGGGAACCGUAUCAAGUGCCCGUGAAGGCAACUGCAAAACUCAUGAUCUCAGCACAUCAGUCUCACCGACGUCCUACAACAAACAACGCAGAUGCUAAAUAAAUUUGGAGGAUGGAAAAUUGCUGGUUCUCCAUUGUAACUACAUAUGGUGGACAACGUCCAGGGAAGAUAUGAUGGUCAGGAAUAUCGGAUCAGUAGUAGUAUCCGUGUAUCUGUCUGGUCUAUGUUUGGGUUCUGUAUGACUUUAUUGUGGUUCUAGUUCUAGUGCUUAUGAAGCAAAUGAACUAGACAACAAUCGUUGAGCAACUUGAAUGAAUCAGCUUGCUAAGUAAGAAAACCGCUUAGCUUAUCGUCUGCUCAUCUUUUGUUCCUAAUCCAAGAUAGGCGACAAUUUUACUUUCUCUCUCUCUUUCGAGGCCAUUGCUAAACAAGGUAUCUGAUUUGAAACGGUUCUUGAA